AAAAUGGAGACGACUGCGGACGAUUUGUUGUCGUUUAAAGAAUUUCCGCUCAUACAGGAAACAAGUGGAACCAGCGCACAAAUAAACAUUAACUCGCCGCAACGGACUUUAGGCAGCAUCGAUAGACAAGAUGAAGACACUCCCAACGGCGACACCUCAGCAAAAUCGUCAUCUAUUUUCAGUUUUGAAUAUUACCAAAAGUUCUUCGACGUUGAUACCAUGAUUGUGGUUGAUCGGAUCGCCACAUCCAUGAUUCCGAAACGAGCCCCAUCGAACUAUUUGCAGCUGAAAAUAGCGACAAAUCCGGAUCUGUAUGGACCAGUAUGGAUUGUUUUGACUCUGAUUUUUGCCAUCGCCAUCUCUGGGAAUAUGGCUAGCUACCUUCAGAACACAGGAGAUCAUCAUUGGCGAUACAAUUUCCAUCUCGUAUCCUAUUCCGCUACGGCCAUCCUUCUCUACACGUUAGUGGUGCCCUGCGCUUUGUGGGCAUUUUUGAAGUGGAGCACACGGCCAACCGAACUCGAUGACGAAGAAGACGAACCGCUUACGCCCAGCCUUUUAUCGUUGGUCUGCAUAUACGGUUACUCGUUGGCUAUCUACAUUCCAGUUUCUGUGCUGUGGACCAUCCAAGUUUCUCUUUUCCAAUGGCUGUUGGUUAUUACCGGAGCGUUUCUGUCCGGCUUCGCACUUCUCACGAUACUGAUGCCGGCGAUAAAAAAAUCCAAAUAUUCACUAUUCGUGGUGCUAGCGAUCGAAGUAGCUCACUUCGCUCUGGCGGCGGGUUUCAUGCUCUACUUUUUCCACGCACCCGAUUCUGUGGUUGGCCCCGUGGAAGAGCCAGUGCACAAAGCCGUCACGAGUGUCGUAGUAAAUACGACAGUGCAUAAGAGUUCUUGAAAAUAUGAUAUCAAUUUUUCCCAAGUAGGUAAGCAUGAAUAGUAGGUAAAUCAAUCAAUAUUAACGUUAACCGAUGUAUCCACGUGCAAAUAAACUUGCCUGCUCU